CAAACGUAAAAGUUGUAGACAUCAUUGACCUACAAACUUUUUCGUGGAAUUAGUUUUAUCAUAGGUAUCAAUUAGACUGCUUUACAAAUGGACAUCUAUCUAAUUAGAAUUAAAUAUGAGCACAGAUAUAUAAACGCAUACAUGGAUCAUUAAAAACACAUCAUAUUGGUGUUUCGAUCGUCAGCAACAAGCAACAUACAGUUUGGGAAAAUGGUUAUUCAAAGUGUUUGGACAAAACUUAUAAUUGCAAUAUUACUUUUUUUAAUAAACACGUAUUUUUGCGAUACAGAUUCAAAUUCGAAAAUUCAUGAAAAUAAUAUUAUUACCGACAUAAUUCCAUCGUGCGUUUUCGGAGUGGAAUCGGUAUCAUAUUAUUUGUACACAAGAGAAAAACCAUAUGGAGAAGAAGUUCGUUUACAAGAUGAAUAUAUCCCAUUACGUGCUAACAAAAAGGUGGUGUUCCUUAUACACGGUUUUAUUUCUGAAGCUAACAAUUCGAAUUAUUUUGAAUUAGUCGGCGUUUGGUUAAAGAAGGAAGACAUCAAUAUUUUUUCAUUAGAUUGGUCAAACGCUGCCUGUAGCGAUGGAUUCAGUCUGUCCGACUUGCUCGCUUAUAAUAGUGCUGUUAACAAUAUUCACGUUGUCAGCGAACAUCUGACUAAUUUUACUAUUAAAUUGGUUAACGAAUACGGAAUGAAUGUCAGACAAACCUUAAUCGUGGGUCACAGUCUCGGUGCACACGUAGCAGGAAUCGCGGGAAAAGCUGUUCAAGAAAUAUUAUAUCAAAAAUACCAACAGAUUAUCGGUCUUGAUCCUGCGGGACCAAAUUUCAAAAACAAGGAUUGCACCGAAAGACUUUGUAAAUCGGAUGCCGCGUUCGUUCAAGUGUUUCAUACUUCGUCUUUGGUCGGAUUUUAUGACGCAAUCGGCGACUACGAUUUUUAUUUCAACGGUGGCGAUAAACAACCGGGAUGUAUAUUGCCCGUGUGUUCUCAUACCAGAGCCGUGAUAUAUUUUACAAUGAGUUUGUUGCAUUCGCCAUGUUUUAUAGCAACUCCUUGGAAAAUUGGCUUCGAGAACAUUUUAAGCUUAACACAUUGUAAUUUAAAUAUUUGUAUAUAUCCGGGAUUAGACGUAUCUGGACAAACUAUUGGAGGAACAUAUUAUGUGAACACAACAAGUACUGAGCCAUAUUGUACUUUGUUAACCUAAAUUAUUUUGGUAUUAUAUUUUAAAUAAAUUUGUAUAUUUGAAUAUUUUGUAUACAUAACUUGAAGGCAUUCUUAUGUCAUUUCCUAUAUUACCGACGAGAUACGGUCAAAAUACAUUGGAAAGCGAUACUAAUUAGCUUUCGAAUGUUAUGCAAGUGUUAAUAUGCAAUUAAUUUGAUAUAUAUUAUCGCAAAUUAUGCCAAUUUUACGAACCGGUUUGUAAAUGGCACAAGUGGCGCCAUCUCUCCGGCGAAUAGGGUGAACUACACGCAUCUGAAACACUACUUUCGUUAGUUCUCACCUUCCGCCACCAGACAGCGCUACAAAAGUGUA